AUACUCUCCCCCCCAAACCACCACCACCUUUAAAAAAAAAAAAAAAAAAGCCAUGAGGGAGUACAAAGUGGUUGUUUUGGGGUCGGGCGGAGUCGGUAAAUCCGCGCUGACGGUCCAGUUCGUGACGGGCUCCUUCAUCGAAAAGUACGACCCGACGAUAGAGGAUUUCUACAGGAAGGAGAUCGAGGUGGACUCGUCCCCGUCCGUGCUGGAGAUCCUGGACACGGCGGGCACCGAGCAGUUCGCCUCCAUGCGAGACCUGUACAUCAAGAACGGGCAGGGCUUCAUCCUGGUCUACAGCCUGGUCAACCAGCAGAGCUUCCAGGACAUCAAGCCCAUGAGGGACCAGAUCAUCCGGGUGAAGAGGUACGAGAGGGUGCCCAUGAUCCUGGUGGGCAACAAGGUGGACCUGGAGGGGGAGCGAGAGGUGUCCUCCGGGGAAGGCAAGGCGCUGGCCCAAGACUGGAACUGCCCCUUUAUGGAAACUUCAGCCAAAAAUAAAGGAUCUGUGGACGAACUGUUUGCAGAAAUAGUGAGACAGAUGAACUACUCCACGGUUCCCAGCGGUGGAGACCAGUGCUGCUCCUGCGUCCUGCUCUAAGGCUCAAUGUCAGCUUCUUAAAGUUGUCCUGCAGGCUUUUAUUUUUAAUUUUUAUUUUGGUUGCAAAAAAAAAAAAGUAUUCUCUCUCUCUCUCUCUCUAUCUCUCUCUCUCUCUCUCUCCUCACACUGUUGUCUUAUUGUUGCACACAAAACAAAACAAAAAAAAAAAUCGACAACAAUCGAUGAUGUAUCAUAAGUCUGGAAAAGUGUUUACAUGACAAAGUACUUGAAUGUUUUUUGGGAUUUUUUUAUAGCUUUGUAUAUGACACUUCUCUGGAAAUGUGCCUCAAUGGGAAUGUCUUAUUGUGAAACCUAAGAGACACAUGUUCUUAUUUUUUUGUGUGUUUUUCUUUUCUUUUUUCUUCUUGAGUUGUACUGUUAGAUCUUCUGGCGCUGGGUCCUUCUUGUCUUGGAGAUCGGUGGUGGUGGUGGUGGUGGUGGUGGGUUAUCGUGCCAAAUCCCUCAGGCGGAGAUGGGAUGUUUAGGGCCUUUUUUUUUUUUUUUGUGGCUAAAGGAGGACUGAGAAGUAUUUAGGAAAUCUCUCAGAAACUUAUCAAUCACCACUCAGGCCUUGCACAGGUUACUCAAAUCCGAUUUGAAUUCCUCCCAAGAGGCGCAGACCCACCCAGUAAGAUCCUGUAUUUGAAGCUGUGGACUGUGGUGGAGUUGUGUUAUGCCAACAUAUUUGAGUUAUUUUUUUUCUCCCCCCUCCUCCUCACCCUCUACUCUUCUCUCCGGUCUGGUGAAAGUGGAUUUAUCAUGGAACUUGCACUUAGCUGACGGUGUCCCUCCUCAGUGUGCACAAACGAGGACCUUAGUGCAUUGCUGUCGCUGCAUGGGGGAAAAAAAAAACGCCACGACCCCAUGUCAAGUGCCUUCCUAAGAAAUCUCCUGUGACUGUGCCAACUGAUGAGCCCUACUUCCUCUGCAGUGCGUCUUGAUGGCAAUCAGAACUUCUGUUUUUGUUUUUGUUUUUUUCCUUUGCAGUGUACACUCGCGUUUCAUUUCGGUGUCAAAGAGAGAAGCGCCUCUUCCUAUUUUACUGUCAGGAAGCUCAGGCUUGUAAUAGACCUGCUGUUUCAGGGUCACGUUCAGGCCGUUUCUCGAGGUACUAGUCCGGCGACUUUCUCUACCCACUGGGGUUUUGGUUCAGUGAAUGGCAAGCCAUGUCUUUAUGUAUUAUCUAGGUUUUUCUUUUUUUUUUUUUCUUUUUCUUUUUCUUUUUCUAAAAUGUGACAUUUUUGACUUACCGUAAUUGUAAUUCUCCCUUUGGACAAAUCUUCUGCCAUCCAGCUGUCAGUUUGAAAGACUUGUAAUACAAAAAAAGAAAAAAAAAGCAUUUUACGUA